AUGUCGAGCAGUAGCCUGCCAGUAGGCUUGGAGGUGCGAGUGCGACUUGGCGACAACGACAACUACAACAGCCGAUUGGCCUGCUGCUUGUCAUUAGAGAUGGGCAACCUCUGCGGCAAAGAAACGAGUACCUCCACAGCUCCCCCAGGCCGUGUACUGGGCUCCGCACCGGCUACUUUGUCCAGUACAAAUGCACACACGCCCGCCGCAGCGUCGAGGCCAAAGAACCCACGCAAACCGAAAGUAACGGGACCAGGCAGAACACUGGGGGAUGCUAGUGUAAAUAGCGAGCAGUCGUCGGGCUCAGCAGCUUCUCCCCCACCGGAUGCUAGGACGGCGGCGGCAUUAGCCGCAGAGAAACGGCUUAAUGAUACGCAGAAGGGCGGUAAGCUUGGCGCGCAACUGGAUCAGGUGAAGAGGAAGACGCAGAAUCAACAUAUACAGGACCUGGCAAAAUCCAAGGGUGAACAGGAACGGUUGGUUUGGGACUGA